UGCAGACAGAGAGAUUGCUUAAUUACCAUAAUUGAGGAAAACCUUCGAUUGAUGGGUAAGAAGACAUCCUUAAUUAUGGAAACCAUUUCUGUUUCAUCAAUUUCUAAAGCAACUUUUGUUUCCAAAACAGCAAUAAUGGAGAGGGACAGCACUUUGCUGUUCAUGUAUUGUGCAGUGGGGCUUGCAGGUUCCACACCUCCUUCUUCUCCAUCUAAGUAUUCCAUCGCAUAUAUGCUUCUAAUAAGCUUCUUUAUUUCUUUUCAUAUUCCUCUAGUUUGCAUCUAUGUAAUUCAUUUAUAGGCAUGGACAGCCAAGAGUUGGUAUG